UCGAAUAUUUUCGCUUUCCCCCCAAAAGUUUCGUCCUCCCCAAAAUCGCCAACAAAUCCACCGCCGCUUGGUCCUCCUCCUUGCUCGUUGCCCCGAGAUCGACCUCCUCCCACACUCCUUCUCGUCCGUUGCCAGGAUUCCAUUAGGGUAUGAGCGAUUAGGGCGAACUCAGCAUUCCUCCUUCCUCUUCGACGCCCGCCGGCUGCUCCUCUUUUUUCGACGAAGACCAGAAUCCCCUCAACAAUGGCUGCCCCUCGGCCUCCAUCAGUCUCAAUGCUAAGGGUCAGAUACGGGUGCGGGUACAAACACUGUUGGCACGAGACGCAAAAAAAUUGUAAGAGAGGUUCUGCAGGUGCCGGUGGAUCUCGCACCAGAAUAGUUGUGUUUGGAAAAGAAGCAAUUGACUCUUCUGCAGGAAUUUCAUCUAGUCCCAGCUUCAGAAAUUUGCUGAGGCUCAGCUAUGUGAUAUCAAUGUCAGACAAGAUCGUCACCUUCGUCCCGUCGUCUUUGUUGACGUCCAGCGACGCCACCACGCCUGCAUCGCAGUUAAUUGCAUGA